UGUGUGUAAAGUUCAGAAGAAGUAGUAACUCUUUGUUAGCUGCAACUUUUAUUACAAAAGAUAUGCUUAUCUUUGCUCAAAACAAACACACAGAGUAAACGAGGUAACAUUCCUUUAUUACUUUAGUUAUUUAUUCAUACGAUAUAUGUAUAGGGUCUUAGCGUCUGUAAAGGCAGGCUGUUGUCGAAGGGCGAUCACUGGACGCGAGCGCAAACAUUUCGGACGAGGCGGACAAAGUCAACAUUAGGGAGAAGGAUGCCGAGGAGACUAGCCCUGACCGAGGCAUUGACGCAAGAAGUGGUCUGUGACUCGGUCAGGCCUCUAACGAGGCUGCAGCAGUUAGUGAGACUGGGUGCCGGCACUGCGGUGACGAGUUCAGUGGCGCAGCUCCUAACUUGGAGGAGACUCCGCGGACAAAUGGUUACGUCAAGUAUUCCAUGGGCGGUUUUGGCGAAGUGGGAGAAGAGGAGGAUGUUGAAUGUUAGGACAAGAAUCAUCCUGGUCGUGGUCCUCGACGCCAUGUCUUCGGGAAUGGUGAGUGAUGUUUCUUUGUCUUGUUUUUGGCAACUUUUGUGAGAUGGGUGUGAAGAGAAUGGGAG